CAUUAGCUGCAACGCAAUCUCAGCCAUCCCGAACUCCCAGUAUUCCCGGCGUCAUGUAGCCUACCGUUAUUCCUCCAUAUCAGCCGUUUCACCCACUGAACGGAAGUUGAAGAACAGCUGCUGAUAUUAUGGACGGAAUUCCAACAUGAACUGAAGUUAAUUUAUUUGAUAAGAAGCGCUGCGUGGUGGGCAGCAUUGGUGGACAGAGGCGUGGAUGUAGCGAUGGUGCUGGAUCUGGGUGAGAACUGUAUGGAGCAGGCUGAUGGAGGCAGGCUCUCAAAGAAUGUCUCAGAAAUGUUAGAACCAGAGCCGAGCACAGAGAAAUCCAAACCAGUCAGAGCCAGGACCAGCAGUAUCACACAAAGAGACAAAUCUCAUGCGCAGCCUUGUACCACUUGGGAUGGCUGCUCCCAAGUUCAGCGAAGGCUCCAGAAGACGGAAGGAAGAAAUAAAGAUGAAACUGUGCAGCCAAGGGAACCUUCCAAACCGCCGCUUUAUCGAAGGCCACUUAGUCUGGAAAUAAAACCACAGCGAAUUAGAGCAACGCAGCCAGUGCAGAAGGUGAUACAGCCACCUUGGCGUAGUGGUGGCCCUUCUCCACCCAUGCGAAGCCUGACAAGCCUUAGUUUGGGGUCAGGGAACUGGCUUCGCCGAAGUGAGAGCACAUGCACAGUUAACUCCACGACACCCCCACGUGCAGGCAGGGGUCAAAUGAGACCUGCAACCUCCUUGCCACAUAUUGCCAGGGGUAUGGCACCACUUCCUUCGCCUUCAACACCUCGUGGGCCGUGCCUGCUUGUGGCUCUUCGUCCCAUAAACCUGGAACAGGAGCGUCAGACCUUUUUUCAGUCUAACUAUCUGUAUGAGCCCCAGUUUGAGUAUGCCUCCCCAGAGCCCGUCAGUGUUUUGGAGAAGUACAGAGAGGGCUCCAGCCUCUUUCUGUCCCAGAUUCGCCACGUUGACCAACAGAAAGCAGCUUGGUUUGAAAGUGACUUCUGUGCAGUUGGGAUUAUGGAGUGCGUGUUGAAGAGGUAUGAGACCUAUGAAAACUUUGAAGAAGUCACAGGGGGCAGCUUGCUACCGAAGAGUCAAGUGUGGGCAGCCACACGCAAGUACCUACAGAAGGAGGGCUGUGUUGGUGAGGUGGUUGUAAGUCUCUCUGAUGAGCUUCUGUCCCAAGCAGUAAUGAUGGUGGAGAGAUGUCGACCAACUCUAACUAUUAACUUGUCAGGAGCAAGGCAACACUGGCUUGAGGGCAUGCUUAGACAUGAGAUUGGCACACAUUACUUACGGGGUGUGAAUAACUGCAUGCAGCCAUGGGCCACUUCUGUUGGGAGAAAGCAGUUUGGACUGAAACCAGCUAAUCCUACUGAAGAGGGGCUUGCUAGUCUUCACAGUGUGUUGCUACGGAAACAGCCCUUCCUGUGGCGAGCUGCUCUGCUAUACUAUACUGUAUACCAUGCCACAAACAUGAGCUUCAGCCAACUGUUCAGCCAUAUUGCUCGCUUUGUCCAAGAUCCUGCUGUACGCUGGGAAUACUGCCUCCGCGCCAAACGAGGACAGACAGAUACCUCGAAACCAGGUUGCUUCAGUAAAGAUCAGGUCUACCUUGAUGGAAUUUUAAGGAUUUUACGCCACAGGAGAAACAUUGAUUUUAAGAUAUUAACCGCUCUUGGCAAGGUUUCCUAUGAAGAUGUGGACAGACUUCGGGAUUUGGCUGUAUUAAAUGGAACUAGGAUUCCUCACUUCAUGCAGGAUGAAGAACGAUAUCUUCAACACCUCGACCACAUAGUCGAAGUGAAUGAACUGAGUGAUACAGAGCUUCAAGAGCUCAUUCCAUGAAGAGUUGCAAAAAAAAAAAAAUCUAAACCAUUUUUUUUUCCCAGGCCAAAACAAAAAUAGAUUUUUCAAAGAUCUGAGUGAUAUAAUUUUGGAUGGUUUUUCAUGAAAACGUGAUGUUUGAUAAUCAUUCAUAGAAAGUAAUACAUGCAGCAUGGUUGUGUCCAAUGAUUGAUGUAGUAGUAUGCUACAUUAAAUGCCAUAUUAUUCAGUAAGUCUGUUUACAAAUCCAAUGAUUGUCCGUUUUAAAACCAUAUGACUCUCAGGCAUGAAAGACAUGUUUAGAUUCUUGCAAACCUAAGGUAUGUUCGGAAUGGCAUACUACCAAUCUCAUACAACUUUUUAGUAUACUGUGCAAUAUGCACAUUUUUAAAACAUAUAUAUAUAUGAUGUUGAACAUUAUGCCAAAGUGUGCAGUACUGUAAUGCCGUGGCCUUGACUUGAACUAGUGUUUCCAAUAUUAUGAGCAAACCAAAAGAUUUCUUUCUUAAUUCAUUAGUUGAUUAGAUGGAACAAAAUGAGAUAUAAAUCCGAAACAGUUGUAAUUAUUUCAGUUGACAAUUGGAUGUCACGUGUUAAUUUAAACGUGCAUCGUAAGACAACAGAAAAUGGCCUUGCAUACUGUUUUUAAUAAACUACAUUGUAUGCAGUAACUAGUAUUCCGUUCCGAACACUACCACAGUCAUGAGAAGCUGAAAGAUGGUCAUGUAGCAUUUUAACUGCACUCAUAAUGUAAUGGGCACAUCCCAACAUGCUAGUUAUUGAUAUCUGACACAAGGCAGAACUAUGUGAGCACUUAAUCAAAUGAUUUACCCUGACAGUGUUUAUAUGAGAAUUCACACGCACUUCAUUUAGAUUGCUGUUAGAUUUUUCUACUAGUUUUUCAUUUUCUCUAUUUAUUGUUUACCUCUUGUAUUAAUGUUAACUGAAUGUCUGUGGUAUUAGCUUUAUGCACAAGUAGCAAAUGUGGUUUUUUUUCUUCAACUUAGCAUAGCAAGCAAUGCAAAAAGACACCAAGGCUGACUCAUUUUAACAAAACAUUAAUUGAGAACUUUAUAAAAAAGAAAUUACCCCAAUGAAAAAAAAAUCUGGCCCCUUUGACAAUUUUACUUUUUCCUCAUCAGGGCUUAUGAAAUGUCAGUAUUCUAUCUAGAAAUAAUCAGUGUUCUUCUGCGAGCACCCUUGGUGGUCUUCUUUCCCCAUGCUAAUGUGAUGCGACACCUUUUUGGGAGAGUUGCCAGUGCAACCUCUGCUUUUCGUACCCGUUUAAAGCAGUCCAGCUGGCCAGCUUCCUCAAUGUACAUAUUAAAAUUGUGACGGACUCAGGAAGAAAAAAAAAAAAGGAGGUCAUAUGGAUGUGCCUUAUAUGGGUUCCAAACUCAUGCGUCAUGUCAUAGCUCCAUGUUAUAUGCUUGAAAUCACAUAUCCAUUUGUAUUUAUCAUUGUCAGUACUGCACGAAAAUUGCACACUUCAUGAUAAGUUGCUGUUAUCUUAUUAAAACUGUACACUGAAGUCCCUAGAA